AUGUCAAUUUCAUCUUUAUCACAUCAAUUAUCCUCAUCUACAUUGAGUCUAAAACACCAAUCAUCAAUAUAUACUUUAAAACCAAGAAGUUCAAAUACAACAUUGAAACUAAAGCAUCAACCAUCUCAAUUGGAACUUAUAGAUGAUACAACAUUUACUUCACUACCCUUACCACCACCUAAAAGAUAUUGUUCAAAUGGAACAACAACAACAGCAACUAUUAUAAAUAAUAAUUCUACAAUUAGUUCACCAUUAAGUCAAUCGAUUGAAAAAUUCGAUUAUAAUGAUGUUCAGGAUUAUUCUUAUUUUGAUGAUGAUGAUGAUGAUGAUGAUUCUUGCUAUUAUGAUGAUAAUUGUGAAUUUUCAGAACUGAAUGAUACAGAAAUUGUUCUAGUUGAAGAUUAUUUCACUUGUCCUUCUCAAGAUAAUAAAGAUGAUGGGAAAUUUAACACUACUACUAGUAAUAAUAAUCAAAAUAGAUUAUGGAAGAUAUUUUAUGCUAUUUCUUACAAGUAUAAGAUAUAA